AUGGCUUCCAAACGCGACUUCGGUCGCGCCUUCGACAUUCCUGUUGGCUUCCAAAGCGACAUCCUCGCUGCAGAGCCCCAGGCACUCGAAUCAUCGACAGCUCACACAACUCCUGGUCAAUGGCCCGAGGAGUAUCUAGAUAGCGACGAGGCAACUGCGCCUGCGCGCAGCGACACCUUCUUCACCACCGCAGCCAGAUUCGCGACCUCGGUUACCUUGGAGGUCUUCAAGCUUCCCUCCCGCCUCGUGAACAGCUUCACGCGACAGCAGCAGAUCCGCGCUGUUCCCAUAAUCAGAGAAGACGGUGCGUCUAAGAGACGCCUGGUCGAUGCAGGCCUCACCCCGACCACUCCAACGCGCAGAUGCGGCUCUGGAGGUUCUCAGGGAACACUGAGACAGCCCUUGUCCAGCUCUGACGUCACGCGUAAUCAUCUCUCCGGCCUCUGGCUCGAGACACUAUCUACCUCGACCUUCGACUCUCAGUGCUCAGAAUUUCCCCAGGGCGAUGACAUUAACGACAGUCUCGACUGGUCGAUGGACGAUGUCGACUCCGGCACGCCCCCACACAUUCCACAAACUGGCUCUCCCACCACUCACAGCUGGCUCCGACGACCUGAGAGGAGGACCAGCUCGCCCAUCUCCCAAUUCUCUGCCCUUCGCAAGUUCUCCGUCACGCCCAUGCGACAGCAGCUCCUUAGAAAGCAGUUGCGGGCUCCAGUCUCGUCAUUAGUUCUACAGCAGCCCAAUCGUAUCAUGGCACCUCCAAUCUCGCACGCCUUUACUAUUGACGACUUGAAGAAAAUGAACACCGGGUCAUCACUCAUCCCCAUCAACGCGCCCGCUGUCGCGACCAAUGCGCAAGAGGUCAGUGCUCAUUACAGGGCUGAGCUCGAAACGCGGGAAAAUAGAGACGCCGACGCACGGGCCGCAGCCGAGCCGAGCUAUUGCAACCCCGUCGAUACCAUCGACAUUGACCUUUCCUUCCUCCAGGAUGCAAGCCAUGCGGACACCAUUGUGACACCGCACAAACUUUCACCUUCACCGGUACGCAGAAAGAGUGUCCGAUGGGCUUCUCAAAGCACUGUCAAGUCAUAUUACGUCGAUGAAAAAAUUAGCGAGAUGCUCGACUCCACUUUGGAAUCCAUCAGAUCGCCGACCCCCAAACCGGACUUUGCCGAAGACGAUGACGAGGAAGCCGAAGACGAUGACGAGGAAGCCGAAGACGAUGAAGGGGACGCCGGAGAUGACGAUGAGGAAGCCGAAAACCUGCAGGAGGUUGAAUUCGAGUGGCCAGACUCAGAUUCGGAUUUUGACGAUGAUGUGGAUGGGCCAUCUCUAGAUGAUUCGCUGCACGAAUCGCAGCUCUCCAAAGAGCUUCUUCAAGACCUUGAGGAGGACUUCAAGAACCUCUUGGCGAAGGCUCCGCCUCCACCUCCACCACCCAAGCCUCUCGUCGCCCCUCUAUCCAUUGCAGAACGCACACAGCUCGAGGACAUCGCCGCCAAAUCAAAGCAUGGCCUCAACGAAGCCUUCCCCAUCAUACCUCACAAAAUCAGUGCGCGUGACUUUGGUACCUUGUUGCCAGACCAGUUCAACGGUAGUGCCAAGGCCUGGCUCAACGACGAGAUUGUCAAUGAGUAUCUCGCUGUGCUGGUGAAGGAAUGUAACCAGGACGCUGCCUUUGUCUUCAAGCGCGGUGGUCCUGCACCUCCCUACCAUGCUUUCUCCUCGCACUGGUACAACUCUAUCAAGGGCGGCGUUAAGAAUGUUGAACGGUGGGCUGGCAGGGUUGGCUUGGGAGGUAAACAGUUUUUGGACGCUAAGCUCGUCCUCUACCCCAUCUGCGAUGGCUCUCACUGGCGCCUGCUCGCCGUCAAACCCCAGGAGCGGAUCAUUGAGUACCUUGAUUCUCUUGGCUGGGAUGGCGAGAAAUAUGUUGACAAGCUGCGCUUGUAUCUGAAGAAUGAGCUCAAGGAACUCUACAAGGACGAAGAGUGGACAGUGGUCGAACAACAGCGGAGCUCACGCCAGCUCAACGGCAGCGACUGCGGUGUCUUUGUUCUGCUGAACGCUCUGGUCCUUUUACUCGGAUAUGACACCAAGAAGGUUAUCGCAUGCAAUGGCAUGCUGGAAGCACGAGAGCGUAUGGCUAUCACCAUCAUCACCGGGCAUCCAGUGGAGUUGGAUUAUUGA